GUGUUUAUUAUUCUCUACUCCAUUUCAGAUUUUGUUGAGUAGUAAAUUUGGGUAGCUGAUGAUGGUGUCUCAGACAGUCGAUCUUGUGAAAAGUGAGCUCCUUUUAGAGCCUGAGUCUGUGGUUUUGCCUGAAGAUGCUGUGACAGGACUUGUGCUUGUGGAUAUUAUCAAUGGUUUCUGCACUGUUGGGGCAGGAAAUCUGGCUCCGAGGGAACCCAACGGACAGAUAAUAGAAAUGAUCAAUGAAUCAACAAGGCUAGCAAGACUCUUCUGUGAGAAAAGAUGGCCUGUGCUGGCUUUUCUUGAUUCUCAUCAACCUAACAAGCCUGAGGAUCCAUACCCUCCUCACUGUAUUGCAGGCACCAAUGAAUCAAAGUUGGUUCCUGAACUAGAAUGGAUAGAGAAAGAACCAAAUGUAACAAUCAGGCACAAAGAUUGCUUUGAUGGGUACCUGGGUUCAAUUGAAGAUGAUGGAUCAAACAUUUUCGUGGACUGGGUGAAGAACAAUCAGAUCAAAACUAUACUUGUUGUGGGGAUAUGCACAGACAUCUGUGUUCUGGACUUUGUUUGCUCCACAUUAUCAGCACGAAAUCGUGGAUUUCUCGGUCCUCUGAACGACGUGGUGAUGUAUUCACGAGGCUGUGCUACCUUUGAUGUUCCUCUUCAUGUUGCUAGAAACAACAAAGGCACUCUACCCCAUCCACAGGAAAUGAUGCACCACAUAGGCCUUUAUAUGGCCAAAGGAAGGGGAGCCAAAAUAGCCAGCCAAGUCUCAUUUGGGGCAAUAAAGAACCCUUAAGCCCUUGAUCACCUGCAUACUGAUACUAGCUAUAGCAGAAAUGUAAUGUGUGUGAAAAUUCUCUGCUAAGCCUACAGCUUUAUAGCUUAUGUACUAUUUGUGUGUGUGUGAUGCCUACAUAAGAUUUUGAACAAAUGAACAAGUAAAAGAAGUGAUGGUGCAGAUGUUACUAGUGUGCUUCAUAUGCUGAAAAUAUGCACCAUAUGUAUCAACCCUGUAACAGUUUUGUAAAAUAAAUCGAACAUGUUUAUAUCGAA